AAUGAGUACUAUUGCAAAAUGUAUAUUUUCCUUGAGAAACAAACGUUGCAUUUUGUUAAUGCAAUCACAUUGAAUCGUUUCAUUCUGCGAAUUGUUUAUUCACCAUAUUUCACGGCUAGAAUUUCAAGUUUAAGUCGAGUUAAAAUCCAUGGUGUCCUAUGCGUUGUCUUAUAUCUUUUUAUUUCUCUCAAUCAACACAUUUCUGCGACUUUUACAUAUAUCAGCAUAAAUAAAUCGAAAAUAUUCCUUUGGACUGAAUAAAAUAAUGGAAAUGCUACGAAGUGUGAAUGGCUUCGACAGUCUGGCUUCAGCGUUCACAGAGUAAAAACGGCAGAAACCCUUGUAUUUUAUACUCAUUUAAAGUCACAUUUAAUUGCAUUUAUCCUUCAAAUCAUCCAGUUUUCAUUGGCUCGUGUAGAAAAACCACAAAUUUCUUCUCAAAGUUUUUGUGAAAAGACGUUUGAACAGAAUAGGAAUAACCAUUUUAUUUGAACGCAAUUUUUGCUUUGGACACAAUGUGGAGCAAUAAACGAUACAGUUGUGAUCGUUGUGCACAAAACUUUGAUUCCAAGGAUGCCUUGUGGCAGCAUCAAAAAAAUCAUGCGAACGAAUGUCCCCAUAAAAGUUGUAUCGGAAGAAAAUGCACGCGAUGUGCGCAAAAAUUUUCUAUUUUCAAUGAAAAAAGAUUUAAAUAACAAUCUGACUGCAAAGUAAUCAAAAUAUAAACAAAUGAACAAAAAAAAACGUUAGGAGACAACGCUUGAUAUUUAAGAUUUGUGAUGAAAGUGGAAAAUCUUAAAGCAAUAAAUCACCGUUUGUGGUGUGCAAACAUUGGCCACUUGUACCUUUCUCGGACCAGCAAAACAUUAUGAAUAGUUCUCUCUUCAAGCAUAAUGGACAACGAAAAUCAUAUUUGAAAAAAAAAAAACUAACAGAGACAAUCAAUUGCCAAACACAAACGUUUCCGUAAAGUUCGACCAUUUUCAAUCUUUAAAUGCAUUUGUAUAUAAUAACACCAUUUUUAAACCAGAUUUUUUGAAAAAUUUGCAUAUUUUUUGCAUGUAUUUUGUUAUCGAUCAUGCUAGUAAGUAAAGCAAUUAUAUCAUAGGUUUUCAGUGAACGAAUCCGAAUAAAUUGAACAUAUUAUUGUCUUUUGAAACAUGUUCCUAAAUAUAAUGAAAACAUAAAUGAAAAUCAAAUGAUUUUUGAUUUUUUGGUUGAAUGAAAAAAAUCGAAAUCGUAUUAAAAUAUCAGCUACAGAAAUAUUUAAAUGUCACUAAUGUAUAUUUUUCAAUAAAAGUGUCCAGCUGUUAAAAUAAAAUAAAAUUUAAUGCAUUAAUCUUAUAUUGUUUGGAAAUCAAAUCAAAGAGGAACAUUGUGUGUGCGUACAUACAUGCAAUUUCAAUAUUAUAUUUCAAUGAGUUAGCUACGCAUACUCAAAUACUUUAAAGGUUAAAUCAGAUGCAAAAAAAAGAAAUCGCCCAUACUGAUAAGUUCAUGUAAUUGAAAUGAUCAUCACGUUUUAUCCACUUGCAUCGGUGAAAUGCAACUACUUUUUUGUUUUUAUUUUGCUGUUGAUAAAAACAUACAGAAGAACUGUGUAAUUAUAUAAAAUUAUUAUUUCCUGUUCAGAACAGGAGUAAGUAGGUAUAACGCUUGAAUUCGAUCAAUUGUUUGUUAAAAUCCGUUGAAAUGACACCUAUAUGGAUUGGCACUAGUUUAUUACUUCUCUUCUGCGUUCCGAUUGCAGUGAAUAUAAACCACAUUCAGUUGAGUUUUUAAAGUAUUCGGACAUUUUUUUCUAUUUUUCCAGGCAUGGGAUUAUUCCAUCGAACGCGUUGAAAGUUUGAAUAGCUCAGACACAGAAUAUGUCAUAUUCGAUGUUCAAGUUCAGAGAGCCGACUGUUCCGAUUUCGUGAUAAAUGGAAAUAUUACUUUUAAGUCUGCAUUUACGCGAAAUCCCAGCAUGUACUAUGUGAGUGGUUUUGGGUGUUGUGCUUGCUUUGAUGCAAUAAUGUCAUUAAUAUGGUAAUUAAUUGUAAAUCGAAUUCGUGUAUACUAUUCAGUUUCUGUUUCUGUUUCGAUUUGAUCUAGCACACAACACACAUCUACUACAGUGCCUUGGGAAGUAAUCAGUAUAACCGGCUGCCAACACAAUUUCCACGAGAAUCAUUCUGCUUCUACAUUAAUAACUCUUACCGUAAAUAUUUUAUGAAUUCAUUGAAGAGACCGGUAUCAAACUUUCCUCACACGAACGAUCUAAAUGAAGACCUUUGCAAGGCAUUUCAAUCCGACCAUGAUUUGGUUUUCAAUGUUCACAAUUUUAUGAUUGAUAAAUCGGUUAUGCCGCCAUACGUACAAGAAGGAAUGUAUAAGAUGGAAAUACUAAUCGAUCUGGAUGAUGUAGUCAUCGCUGGUGUCAUACUUCAUUUGCGAACCGACCCCGAAUCAGAUGUUUAGAUGAAUCUAAUUUUUUUUUCUUAUUCCAAGAUUUGUUUUGUGGUUUUAAUUGAUUCUUCAUUGCACCACACUUUUUUAAUUAAAGUUCAAGAUAAAAAUAAACCAAAACCAUUUUUGUGUUUGUGUAAACAAUUUAAUUUCAAUUGCACUCAAGUUUUGUGUCAAUUCGUGAUCAUUGAGAACCGACAAAUUUUAAAAUAUAAAAAUAAACGAAAUUGUUUUCAAUUGCAUUCAGUUUUUGUGUCAAUGCAUGUUAACACAUAUCCAUUUUAUGGUCAUCACAAAUCGGGAAAUUUCUAAUUAUUUAUAAAAAUCAUUAAAACACAUAAAAUACAGUUUGACACUAUCGAUUCAACCAAUUGUCAAGCUUUUGAAUCAAAAUUUUUGUUUCAUUGAGAUGAGUAUCUAAUUUCGAUGUAAAAAAUUUCAUGGCCACAUCUCGUGUUACCACUUUAAUGAAGCUAGCAUGCAAUUGUCAAAAGGAGAAAGUCAACGUGAAUCGUUUCGUGUUUGGCGUUGAUAUGAUCUUUUUUCUUAAAUCACACCGCAUGACAAUGUUAAAUCAAUCGCAACGGUAAUUCAUCUUAUUAUUAGUGUUUAGUGUGAAACAAUGCACUUAUCACAUUGAGAAUUUAUGAAUUAAGAAUCAAGAAUAGGUAAAUUUCUCAAGUAAUUUUGCUCAAUCGCUCAUUGCUUUUCGUCGAGAUGACACGUUUUUUGGUUUGCAUUUGUUCAGUUGCACUUUUCAUCACACCCAUUUUGGCUUCAUGGGAUUACUUUUUCGAACGUGUUGAUAAUAGGCGAAAGUCCGGUAAAGGCCAAAUCACAUUCGAUGUUGAAGUUGAACGAGUCAAUCGUACCGAUUAUGCACUCACCGGAAACGUUACAUUUCGAUCUCCAUUCAAGCGAAAUUCGAAUGCAUACUUUCAUUCAUUGAGUUUCUAUGUGAAUCCAAUGGAGGAUAAUCAUCACAACGAAAAGGUGCCGAUUCAUUUUCCACGAGUCACCUAUUGUGAAUUCUCAAGCACUGGCCAUCGAAAGUAUCGUGUUAAAUCGUACAAACCGCCUGUAUCAAACUACUUUUACUCGGACGAUCCAAACGAAGAUCUUUGCCAUGGAUUCCAAGGCGAUAACGAUUUGAUUUUCUAUAUUUACAAAUUUGUGAUUGAAAAAUCUGCCGAGCCGUCAUACAUUCCGGAUGGUUUGUUCCGAGUGGAAACAAUGUUCGAACUAGACGACUCAAUUGUUGCCGGAAUAACGUUGGUUGUACGAAUGGAAAGUGAUUCGCGGCAAAGAGGCUAACAUACAAACACACAUACCAAAUUGGAUCAAUCAUACUCUUUUAUUAACUGCUGUAAAUGACCAAACGUUUAGAAAAUACACCAAAAUCCAUCUAAAUACUAACAGCUGACUCGGAAACUGUAAAUAGAAUGGUUUUAUUCCAUUUCGACAACCGAUCAAAUUUAUUUCAGUCAAUUCAUAAUAAUUUGAUGGCUCAUUUGAAAAGUGCAUUACCGGCCCAUUGCAUCUGUCGAUAUGAUCUGUCGGUCGGUCGGUUGGUUGGUCGGAAAAGAACAAAAGCACUGAGUUUCAACGGAGAUGUUGUGAACGGCAAACACGCGCGUGCGGAAAUUAUUGACUUAAUUGGAAUAACAUGCAGUCACAGGUUCGUGUGCAGUAUGCUGGCUGUAUAU